ACAUUUUGGGCUUUCCUCACACCCUAACAUCGAGGAGUGUGGUGGGAAUAAGGAGAGAGUGACAAGGAGGGGACUUCUGUGCUGCGAAGCGAUCCGUGGGGCUUUAUUCUUCCGGCGAGGCGGAGGUGGAGGCGCGAAAGUUUAAGGGAACCAGGCCAGGCGCUGCCCCCGUAUUUUCAUCCCUGGUGGCGAAUUUCUCCCCCAGAGAGCAGAGCUGAACCUUCGACUUCUGAGGAGAGUAUCCAGGCUUCCGAGUUCCUAGCAGGUCCCUCUGCAAUAAAAUAGACCAGUAGCUGCAAUCAACUGCAAUCCUAUUCUACCUUCAUGAUGUUUUCCUUGGCCAGAAAUGCACUAAAUGCUCUCAAGAUUCGAAGCAUUCAGCAAAGUGUGGCAAGACAGAACCAUGUAAAACACUCGCCAGAUUUUCAUGAUAAAUAUGGUAAUAUUGUGCUUGCUGGUGGCACUGCUUUUUGUGUUGUUGCAUGGGUGUAUACAAUAACACAGAUUGGAAUCAUGUGGAACCUCUCCCCUGUUGGCAGAGUUACCCCAGCAGAGUGGAAAGUUCAGUAACCUUCACAGUUGCUAUAAUGCAGAAUUGUUUUGAAACAAACUUGGCAUGUAACCAAUCUGCUGCUCAUUAAACUAUAUCAUAAUUGAAGAAAUAAAAUACAUUUGAAGUCUUUAAA